UUGUUCUGUAGAGAAAAUUAAACCCCAAACUUUCUUUAUUUUCAUUUUUCUUUUGGGUUUCAAAAUCUCUCUUCUUCUUCUUCUCUUCUCUCUCUCUCUCUCUCCUUUUGUCUUUUUUCCUUCUUUCUCUCUCUAUUUCCCACCCAAUAAUCUCCUCAAUCAAAUCAGAUCGUUUGGUGAUUCAGAAAAGGAGCUGCCAUGAAGAAAGCCUUUGAUCAAACUGUCAGGGACCUAAAGAGAGGGGUGAACAAGAAAGUGCUAAAAGUUCCUGGCAUUGAACAGAAGGUGCUUGAUGCUACUAGUAAUGAGCCAUGGGGUCCUCAUGGAUCGCUUCUUGCUGAUAUUGCACAAGCAACCAGAAACUAUCAUGAUUACCAAAUGAUUAUGUCUGUGAUCUGGAAGCGGCUUAGUGAUACUGGAAAAAACUGGCGGCAUGUCUACAAGGGUUUAACUGUUCUGGAGUACAUGGUGGCCCAUGGCUCAGAGCGUGUCAUUGAUGAUAUCAAGGAGCAUGCGUAUCAAAUAUCGACUUUGUCCGAGUUUCAAUACAUUGAUUCCAGUGGAAGGGAUCAGGGAAGUAAUGUCAGAAAGAAGUCUCAGAGUCUUGUGGCUCUUGUGAAUGAUAAGGAAAGGAUAAUUGAGGUUAGGCAGAAAGCAGCUGCCAACAGGGACAAGUUUCGCAGCACACCCUCAUCUGGUGGACUGUAUAGGCCCGGUUCUUAUACUGACAGAUAUGAAGAUGAUCGUUAUGGAGGCAGGGAUGAAGAUAGAAAUGGUUAUGGUUAUGGGAAGGACAGAGAAUGGGGUUAUAAGGAUGAUGACCGGUAUGGAAGAUCUGGGGAUUCAUAUAGUCGUGAUGGAGAUCGUUACGGCAGAGAAUAUGAUGAACAGAAUGGCAGAGAAGGUUACAGAGAUGAUGAUUAUCGUGGAAGAAGCCGAAGUGUUGAUGGAGACCAGUAUGGGUCUAGAAGUAGAAGCUCUGAUAGAGAGAGAGAGCGUGCUUAUGAUGAUGAUGGUCAAUAUUCAUCUCGUGGCAGUGGUGCUAGAGCUGAUGACCAAUCUCAGGAUGGCAGGCUAAGCAGGAAAUUUUCGGAACAGAACAUUGCUCCUCCUAGUUAUGAAGAGGCUGUGAGUGAAACUCGAAGUCCUGUUCAUAGUGAGAGGGAUGCUGAACCUCCAGCAGUUUCUGCUCCCAGAGCUUCUUCUCCACCUACAACCAGUUAUCCAAGCCAAACAACCACUUUUCAAGCUCCUUCUGCCCCUGGGGGUUCUUCUCCUCCGGCAAGCUUUGCUCCAAGUCAAGCAAAUAGUGCUCCAUCUGGAUUGCCUGUGGAACAGGUACCAGAGUCUUUUGAUGAAUUUGACCCACGCGGUUCUGUUUCGGGUGGUCCAUUUGGCUCUGUGUCAGCUGCCCCUACUACUUCAAACAAUGCUGAGAUGGACUUAUUUGGAUCCCUGUCGGAGUCAUUUUCUUCAAACUCGUUGGCCAUUGUGCCAACUACAUCUGCUACUACUACAUCUGAAGUUGAUGGCCUUGUAAAUUCUGUUCCAGUCACCACAUACAUGGCAACUCCUCCAGCCGCUAAUGUUAUGAAUCAGUCUUUUGAAGAUCCAUUUGGUGAAUCCCCCUUUAGAGCUCUCCCUUCUACUGAAGUUGUGCAAUCUCAACCACAGACAUCCACUUCAGCGGACUCUUUCCCGCCAUCCACAAACCAGGGUGCAGAUACAGUCUCCAACUUUCCUUUUGGGGACUCGUUUUCUGCUCUAACUUAUUCUGCACCUGGUGUUUCCACUGUUCAAACUCCAGCAAACUCCCAUUUUUUGCCUCAAGAUCCGACCACUGAACACCAGAACACUGAUAUUCUUGCUGAUAUUCUUCCACCGUCUGGAGCUACACAGCCAUCAUUUCCAGGUUCAGCAGGUCAACCUUCACAGCCAACUGCAAAUAUGUACGGGAACUUUCAACCGCAGCCAGGAUCUAUGGUUCCUCAGACUCAAACUGGAUUUUCUGGACAACACAGUGGUGGGGCUUUUCCCUCACAGGGAGGACCUACAACACCUGUCACUUCCCAAGUAGCCCCUCAAAUGCCAGCAGGACAAUCCCCACAGUAUAACAAUGGAAAUUUCAUGUCACAACAAGGUGGAUAUGCAGGUCCGAACAAUGGUAACUAUUAUUCACAGCAGGGAGGGCCUUACAUGGCUCCUCAAACAACUGGACCAGUUGCCCAGUAUGGUGGUGGAGGCUAUGCUUCACAGGUUUCCCAUCAAGCUCCAGCUGGGCCGCCAUCUCCGGCACACAACCUUCCACAAGGAGGAUCAGGUACUCUGACAUCGACAACAGGAGCACUAGCUUUGGUUGAUCAGCCGCCUAAAGACAACAAGUUUGAGACUAAAUCAGCUGUUUGGGCUGAUACACUGAGUAGAGGACUAGUAAACUUGAAUAUAUCUGGAGCUAAGAUUAAUCCAUUGAAUGAUAUUGGAAUUGAUUUCGAUGCCAUAAAUCGGAAGGAAAAGAGGAUGGAGAAGCAGCCAGCAACUUCUGCAACAUCCGCUAUUUCCAUGGGUAAAGCUAUGGGAUCUGGUUCCGGCAUGGGCCGUGCCGGUGCAGGUGUUCUUAGGGCUCCAGCAAACCCCAUGGUGGGCUCUGGUAUGGGCAUGGGUAUGGGUCCGGGCAUGGGGAUGGGAAUGGGAAUGGGCAUGGGUCGUGGUGGUGGAAUGGGCAUGGGGGGCUAUGGAGGCAUGAAUCAACCCAUGGGUGCUGGAAUGGGAAUGGGGAUGAACAUGGGUAUGAAUAUGGGGAUGGGAAUGAAUGUGGGAAUGGGAAUGCAACCGCCAACUGGAUUGCCUCCUGGAUCCAACGUUCCGAGUGGUUAUAACCCUAUGAUGGGCCAAGGUGGUUAUCCUCAGCAACCUUAUGGUGGCUACCGAUGAAAUUGACCAAAAGGAAACAAUACAAGUUUGGUCGGAGGAUUGGAAUGGCUAGCCCAGUUUUACUGUUAAAUCUUACAAAGUUCACAUUCAGACCAAUAUUUGGUAUACAAGGGUUGUAUUCGUAAACAAGAGUCCUGUAAUCUAUCUUGUGCGACCCAAUUUGCUGUAUUUUUCUAUGUCUGUAAUUCGAUUGCCUUGGGUCACGAGAGCUCGUUGGUGCAUUGGUCCUGUUUUUGUGUUAGAGAGGAGAUAACCAUUCUCAGGUUAUCAUGCCUGUUUCCUUUGUGAGAAUAUUCUUUUUGCCAAGAUAUAUAGCAGUCAGUAAUAACGUGAUCCUUUAUUCUC